AUGACUUCUCAAUUGUCGAGUGGGAAAAACCACAUCAAUCUCAUGCGUGGCUGGCCGUCACCUGAUGUUUUGCCAGCUGCCAUGCUGUCAGGUGCCUGUCAGCGGAUCCUCAAUAAUCGGGAGAAUAGUACCGCUAUUCUCCAAUAUGGUCCAAAUACAGGUCAUCCAACACUGAAGAACGAGUUGGCAAAAUGGCUCGGUGAGCAUUAUAAUGUCCAAACAGACCCGAGUCGCAUAUGCGUCACAGGUGGAGCGAGUCAGAGCUUAGCUUGCAUUCUCCAGAGCUUCACCGACCCAAAUUACACAAAAGCCAUUUGGGUAAUUGCUCCGUGCUAUUAUCUGGCUUGUGGAAUUUUUGAGGAUUCGGGAUUUGCUGGAAAGUUGCGUGCGGUACCGGAGGAUGACGAAGGCAUCGACUUGACGGUCCUGCAAGACAACAUCAGGAAGCUACAACAAGACGAGCAGCAAAAGCCCCAGCUCAAGCCGGCCAAAUUGCCUGGUCCGACAAGAAAGUUGUAUAGGCAUGUGGUGUACAUUGUGCCAACUUGCGCGAACCCCUCUGGGAAGACUAUGUCGCUUCGACGACGAGAAGGAUUGGUACGACUGGCACGAAGACACAAUGCACUCGUAGUGUGUGAUGAUGUGUACGACUUUUUACAAUGGUCUAUCGACCCCAAAGAUCAACGUGGCAACGGAAGUGACUUGAGACUCCCUAGACUCUGUGACAUUGAACGAUCGAUGGGAUUUUCGGAUCAGGACCCCGGGAAGUUUGGUUACGCUAUAAGCAACGGAUCUUUCAGUAAAAUUGCUGGUCCAGGGGUCCGCACAGGCUGGGUUGAAGCCUCAUCAAAGUUCGUCAUUGGAUUGGGCGACACAUCUUCUACAUUGUCAGGCGGAGCACCGAGCCAAUUGUGUGCAGCGAUACUAGGUGAAACUCUCCGAACAGGCGAACUACAGAGGCACAUAGCUUGCACGGUUUGUCCAUCUUUGCGAAAGAGACACAAGCUCGCUAUGACUGCGAUUCAUCAAUGCAUUACGCCCUUGGGUUACUGUGCCCGAGAAACGAGUUUGGUCGGCGCUCAGAUUUAUGGCGGAUACUUUAUAUGGUUGUCCCCGAGAGAAGGAGUCCCACUGAGCUCCAAACUAGUCGCAGAUGUCGCGGUGAAAGAAGAGAACCUCGCUAUAGGAUAUGGAUGCAUGUUUGAAGUUCGUGGGGACGAAGGCAGCGCUCCGUUCGACGGUGACAUCCGAAUUUGCUUUGCAUGGGAGGCAGAGGAUGCCUUGAUUCAGGGUAUCCAUCGAUUAGGCUCCCUACUCAAGCGAAUGUUGGAAAAUCCAGCUCAGUACACGGACUGGAAAUCGAAAGCUGAUGAGCGAUCGAGUUUCCUAGAGUGCUACAAAUAA